AUGUCAGCCAUGGACACGAUCAUGCUCCAGCACUCGAAGCUCCUGAUCGCUGUUGUUGUGAGCCUCGCUGCUCUAACCGGCUGCAUGGUCGAGCUCGUCAAGACGCAGUUGAUCAACUGGGUGGACAGGCAGCCAUGGCGUUCGCGAAUGAUCCCGCUGCAGCGAAACAUGAUGCACAACUUCGGCUACAGCAAGUCAACCACUGCGGAUGAAACGGUCAUUGUUGACUGCUACUGCUUUGUGAUUGCCAUUUGCUCCCAUCAUCUCGUGAUGAGCCUGGCCCUAACUCCAGUGGUUGUUUUGGGCUGGGACUCGGCUGGUUCUGUGGGACAGUUCUUGUUUUAUGCUGGUGCCGUGGGAGAUCUGGCAUACUCGAUCUACGACAGCGUUCAAAUCACACUGAGAACAUUUUUCCCAGUCAGCUUCAAAUGCCUGGGCGUGCAGCUGCCGAAGAAAUACUUCAUUGUCAUGGUUUGCUUACAUCAUAUGCUCUCCAUGAUCCUGAGGGUGCCGAUGAUCCUGUUCUACCCUACCAUGAGAGCACUGCAUGUGUUGAUGUGGUCUCUACUCGUUGCCGGUGGCACAUGCUACCUGCUGAGCUGCUACAAAUUCAGCCUCGACACGCAGAGCUCUCUUCGGGACUUCUUGCGGUAUAAGGCCAUCGUGCUGGUGCAGCUCUUGACUAUGUGGUUCGUACGCGGGUACGUAUGGGUGUCCCAAGCUCUCUCUGCGAUGAUGGUGUUCCACGGACGUGGCGACCUGCUCUUCCUCGGUCUUGCGCUAGUGGGCUUCGUUUUGAUGACCCUUUUCAACGCGCUGAUGGUGUUCGACUCGACCAAAGCAGCGGUCAAGUGGUUGCCCAAGCAGUUGCACAAGCAAAGCCAUGGUACGAAUCUGGCGUACCAAGAGAAAGAGCUGAAGGCCAAGCAGCAUGCGGAGGGCUUGAGGAGAGUGCAGGCGGCGAAGGUUGUUCUGGCUACCCAGUAA